AUGACUGUACCAACUUCCAGAAAAGACCUCAUGAUAGUCAAUAUGGGCCCUCACCAUCCAUCAAUGCAUGGCGUUCUCCGACUCAUCGUUACUUUAGACGGUGAAGAUGUUAUUGACUGUGAACCAAUAGUGGGUUAUUUACACAGGGGUAUGGAAAAAAUUGCGGAAAACCGAACAAUUAUACAAUAUCUUCCUUAUGUGACACGUUGGGAUUAUUUAGCUACUAUGUUCACAGAAGCAAUCACUGUAAACGGACCGGAACAGUUGGGAAAUAUUCAAGUACCUAAAAGAGCUAGCUAUAUCCGAGUAAUUAUGUUGGAAUUAAGUCGUAUAGCUUCUCAUUUGUUAUGGCUCGGCCCUUUUAUGGCGGAUAUUGGCGCGCAGACCCCUUUCUUCUAUAUUUUCAGAGAAAGAGAAUUGAUAUAUGAUUUAUUCGAAGCUGCUACCGGUAUGAGAAUGAUGCAUAAUUAUUUUCGUAUUGGAGGAGUAGCUGCCGAUCUACCUUAUGGAUGGAUAGAUAAAUGUUUAGAUUUUUGUGAUUAUUUUUUAAUAGGACUUACUGAAUACCAAAAACUUAUUACGCGAAAUCCUAUUUUUUUAGAACGAGUUGAGAACGUAGGCAUUAUUGGUGGAGAAGAAGCACUAAAUUGGGGUUUAUCAGGGCCAAUGCUACGAGCUUCGGGAAUAGAAUGGGAUCUUCGUAAAGUUGAUCAUUAUGAGUGUUACGACGAAUUUGAUUGGGAGGUCCAAUGGCAAAAAGAAGGAGAUUCAUUAGCUCGUUAUUUAAUACGAAUUGGUGAAAUGGCAGAAUCCAUAAAAAUUAUUCAACAAGCUCUAGAAGGAAUUCCAGGGGGUCCCUAUGAGAAUUUAGAAAUCCGACGCUUUAAUAGAAAAAAAUAUCCUGAAUGGAAUGAUUUUGAAUAUCGAUUCAUUAGUAAAAAGCCAUCUCCGGCUUUUGAAUUGUCGAAACAAGAACUUUAUGUAAGAGCUGAAGCCCCAAAGGGAGAAUUAGGAAUAUUUUUGAUAGGAGAUCAGAGCGUUUUUCCUUGGAGAUGGAAAAUCCGCCCCCCGGGUUUUAUCAAUUUGCAAAUUCUUCCUCAAUUAGUUAAAAAAAUGAAAUUGGCUGAUAUUAUGACGAUACUAGGUAGCAUAGAUAUCAUUAUGGGAGAAGUUGAUCGUUGA